UUGUAAUUUAGAACACGGUAAUUAGGGAAAUAAGGUAAGUUACACUAAUUUUUAAAUUAGAUAGUGAAGUGUCAAUCAAACCUAGAAGAGACGACGCCCGACGUCAUCUCGUGUUGAAAAAAAAAUCCCAUCUUAUUCUUCUCCUUGUUAAUCAUAACUCCUAUUUCAUUUUGCUGUUAUAUUUUUUUUGAAUUAUUUUCGCAUUUUGUAUAUGAUUUUUUGCAACUCCAUUUGUAAAAAAUCGCAGCUUUAUGUAGUAUUAAUCUUAGGGUUGUGAUAACAUGGGGAAAGUUGAAGUUCCAUCAUUAAUUACCUUAUGCAUAUACUCAAUCAGAGAUGAACUCAUUCAAGUUGAUGAUCCUAAUCUUUCAUCAGUAUUGUAUCAACUUCCUAUGGAGUUGUUCGAUCAGUUGCUGUUGCACCUGCCUCCAUUGGCGUUGCAGAAAUUACAACAAGGGAAAUCUGAUAUCUUGGAUGAUUACGAGCUUUUGACUGAUGGUGUUGAUAAUCAGAGAAAGCGUAAAAGAUAUCUGAAUUUUGAGGAAGAGUGGAAAAAUCUCUAUGAAGCUCGGUGGCCUGCUUUUGGUCGGAGGAGUAAGAAUUUCGAUAGUAAGUCAUUUGCCAGAUCAGCAAAAGUAAAAGAAGUAGAGUGUGACUGGCAACAGAUGUAUUGGGAAGCACAUUUGCAGAAUUGCCUGGAUACAACAGCAGAGUUUGCUUUAUUCCCAUCUUUUCAUGGUCGGAUUAGUGAAAUAGAAGUUCCAGAAUCAAUCCUAAACUAUAUUGAUCAUAGGGGACACAUCAGUAGAUUCACCUGUGACUAUUCCAAGUUUGCUUAUCACUGCCAACAAUUUGGAUCAUAUGCCAGACACCUGAGAUUGCCAAAUGUUCUGUGUGUGGAAGAAACUUGUCUUUUACUUAGAAAUGCAAGGUUGGAGAGUUUGGAAUUACAAUGGAUCAAGUCUGAUGAGCAUGUCGAGGGGUUAUGCCAACUCAUCAGCCAGAACUAUCGAUCCCUAAAGUCAAUUAAAUUCAUGCAUUGCAAGUUUACGGUUGCUUCUCUUGAUGCAAUUUGUGACUUGCUAUGCUUGCACAGUCCUCAAGCACUUGGAAUGCAACAUUUCUCAAUCAAGACAUCGAGCUUCCUAGAGAACAACUUUCAUUCCUUGCCUGCUGGACUAAUAUCUUUUCUAUCAUCAGGGAGGUCCUUGUCUUCUCUAUGCUUAUCAGACAACCAUCUUCCUCGACAUUUUGCGAGGAUAGUUUUUGAUACCCUCGUUGAUGCUUCAUCUAGUAUUACCGUUCUGGACCUUUCAGAAAACAAUAUUGCGGGAUGGCUUUCUCAUUUCAAAUGGAAAUACAGAAGUAGCACAGAGCCACCUGGGACAUAUAAAUCACUGAAGUCAUUAAAGGAGCUUAAUUUAAGGAACUGCAAUCUACAGAGGGACGAUGUGGAUUGUCUCAGAUAUGCUCUAGUCCACAUACCUAAUCUGGAGCAACUUGAUCUCAGUGACAAUCCUAUUGAGACUUCUGGAAUCAGGUGUCUAAUCCCCUACUUCAAAGAGACGCCCCAUAGAUAUUUCCCCCUUGUCGAUUUGAAGUUGGAAAGUUGUGAGCUUACAUGCUUUGGAGUUUGUGAACUUCUAGAAGCUCUUUCAUCUUUGAGAAAACCACUGAAUUUUCUCUCGAUUGGAGGCAAUUCUCUUGGAAGUGAGAUAGGAACACCACUAGGGAAGUUUCUAUGUGGAGGUAUUCAAGCUCUUGAUAUUGAAGACAUUGGACUAGGUUCUUCUGGCUUCAUGAGAGCAGGCAAAGAGUUAGUAAAGGAAACAAAGCUCCACUCCAUCAACAUAAGCAAGAAUCGAGGUGGAAUUGAAACUGCAAGAUUUUUGUCAAAGCUUUUCUCUCAUGCUCCAGAUCUUUCAACAGUAAACGCAAAAUAUAACUUUAUGCCCAAAGAAUCUUUGUCAAUCCUUUGCUCUGCUGUAAAAGCUGCAAAAGGUAAACUGGAGCAUUUGGAUUUGAGGGGAAAUAUCUUGUGUGGACAACAAGUUGAUUUAUCUGAGUUGGCUGAGUUUCAAACCAAUGGAGUUUCUAUUUUGGAACUCUCUUCUUCACCAGCUUUAAAUGAACCUUAUGAUGAUGAUCCUUAGUUGCUUCAUGAGUUUCUGAUCCUGUUAUGAAUCAUGUUUGGUAUUUAAGUGGAGAAAGGCAGAUGGAAGCGGUAUCAUCGGGCUCCGCUUCUCUUGCGCUUGCUUGUGUGAAGGUUUAGAGCAUGUGAUUAGCCUCUCCCAAGUUCAAAUUUUUUCCCUUGAAACAGUUGAGCUGGUUGUACUUUGAGCUCCAAUUUUCUAACACCAACAAAUCAAAUUAUGUUUGGGAAAAAGGUUCUCUUACAAGUAUGGCAGAUGUGUAAAUUUUUCAGAUUUUGGUGUGUUAAUUUUUUGAUGGAGGUGCUCGAUCAAAUUAGGUGUAUUUCACAAGUUUGAAUCCUACUAUGAUUCAAGUCUGAUUCUGGUAAGUGGAGAAGGAUGGAGGGAUGAGCCUGUUUGUCCAUCAAAGUUUGAAGUUGGUAUAAAAGAAAAUAUUCCAUGUCAAUUUAUGUAGACAUUAUUUUUUUUAGUCCGUCCAAAAAGGACCCUUUUAUACAUAUUUAGUAAUAGUUAAUUUUGUUUAUUCUUAAUAAGAUAAUUUAUAGUGAGACAAGUAUUUGUAUUUUAUUUUAGAUCACAAGUAUUAAAUCUUGAAUUUUUUAAAUUUUAUGUUUAAUCGGUUGCACCCUUUCGGGCGGCCAGGGUCAUGCCACACAAGAGCCGUUGAUGAAUGCAACCUUUAUUUUUACGAGUUA